AUCUGACUUAUUUGCAUCUUAUUCAGCAUAAUUUUGUAUUUAUGUAAUUGUUAAUUUCCUUUUUUAUAUAUUCUAUUUUGGAUUUUUUAAUAACAGUUGUUUCUCUUUUUCUAUAUAUAGAUAAGGUCAUUUACAGUUCACUCCCAAGUAAUUCCAAUGAAUCUUAUAUUUCCAAUGAAUCAUAAAUUUGAAACUUUUUCUCCAUUGUCCUCGCUGAAGUCAAAUAAAUUGGAAUGGCAAAUAAAAGUUAGAGUUAUUAGUUUGACACAUAAUAUGAGUGAUGUUAUUGCUGGACAUGUAAAUUCAAUGGAGUUGAUUUUACUUGACUGUGAGGUUGAUAUAUAGUUCUCUUUAUCUAAAAUGGCUUUGUCUUAAUAAGUUAUUCUUGGCUUUAAUUUAUUUCAUAUUUUUUAUGCAGAACAAUAAGAUACAAGCAAGUGUUCCAUUCCACUUGGUUCGCCGUUUUUCUGAUCAUAUACGAGAGAAAGAAAUUUAUGUCAUUUACUACUUUCGUGUGAUUCAUAAUCUCAAAGCUUCUAUUGUUUCUCAUAACAAUCGCAGAUUAAUUUUCUGUAAGAGAACAAAGAUAUAUCCAUCUCAGAGUCUUGCCAUUGAUGCUCAUGGCUUGUCAUUUGUUUCUGCUAAUGAAAUACUUGCUCGAAAGCAUAAUAUCAAGUGUUUAGUUGAUACUAUUGGUGUUCUUUUAACUUUUCAAUUUGAUACUGUGGAAUUAUCUCCUCCACGCUUUAGUCCUGGGGUUAAAUUUGAGGUUGCUGAUCAGAGUGGAAGAGUUGCAUGUUCCUUGAGUGGGAAAUACGUUAGCGAGUUUCGUAAAUAUUUAUCCACGUCAUCAAACGCUCAUCCCGUUGUAAUUUUGCAGUUUGCAAAGAUUUCUACUGAAAGAGGUUACACCUGUCUUGAGAAUUUUAAGGAUGUUACUAAGAUAAUGAUCAAUCCUCCUAUUCAUCAUGUGUUACAGUUCAAUAUUCGAUUAUCAAAUUCUGGAGGUGUAUACUCUCUUAUUCAUGGGAAACAUUCCAAUUCUGUCGUGGUGACUGAUAUCACUCCAUUUGAUCGUUUUUAUCCACACAAAACUGUUCGUGAAUUUAUCGAUACACAGGAGUCCGGAUUUUUCGUGUUAUGUGCUCGAGUUGUUGGUAUAUUUCACAUAAAUAAGUGGUGGUAUCCCGUUUGCAAGUGUGGAAAUUUUCUUGACAUAUGGGUUGGAUGUUACUUCUGUGUCCAAUGCAAUAUCCACGUUUUCUGUGUAUCCUCGAUGUUUAAGUUACAGAUCGCAAUUGACGAUGGGACAUCAACUGUUCUUAUUCAGUCGACACAUUCUCCUCUUCGAGGAAUUCACUGCCUUAAUCAUAGUUCAUUGGGAAUAAAACAUGCAUUGGCUCAUUAUGGAAGCAAGGCUUUUGAGGGGAAAGAAAUUCUUUUCAUAGCUAGGAAGACUUCUAGAUCAGAGUAUAGGUUUGAAGAUUAUGUAGAAAUCAUAAACAUGACCGAUGAAGAGGGAUCUGUUCGUCGUUUCCAUGAGCUUGGCAAUAACUUUACUCCUACGAAGUCGAUAUAUAUUGAUCCAUUUGCCCAACUUGACGUGGAGGCGCACGAUAAUGUAUUAGUUUCAAGUGUGCAGAAAUUUAUCACUAAAGGGAAGAAGCCUUUGAUUGAUCUAGAAACUCCAUCAAAUUUUUCUUGUGUUACCCCUGGAUCAUUCUCUACCUCAAAUUUGAUCAAAGCUAGGAAGAAAUUGUCGUAUGCCUUUAGUGAGUGCACCGGUGAAAGGAACAUCUUUGAAUGCUAAUUAAGUGAAGUAUGAUUUAAGCCAAAAGUUUUUGGUUGACGUGUGUACUCCUUAAAUGUUAUAGUUUGGUACAUCUUGUGUUAAUACUUCUUCCUCUUUCAUAUGUAAACAAAAAUAACUUUUUUAGAUUCAUUGAAAAAGUAAUAUAUUUGGUCUAUAUUUUAGACUAAAUACAUUCAUUUUCCAAUGAAUCUAAAAAAGCCGGAGGUAGUAUAUGUCACAUUAUCUAAUGUUUCAAUGUACUGUGGCUGUAUGUUUAGUCAUAUUUUUCAUUCUAUGUGCGUAGGAUUAAUUCAACUUGGUUGUUUGGUCAUGUUUAAAGGAUGUACUUGUGUAAGUUAUAUUUUGCUGCAUCUAAUGUUUGGUCAGGCUGUCCCAACAAUGCAUUAAUAAAAUAGAUAAUAUCAUCUAUUCUUUUAGCA